AUGGCGGCGGUUAGAGUGGCGGCGGAUUACCCGAAGAAGCGGGCGGGUCGGCGGGUUUUCAAGGAGACGCGGCACCCGGUCUACAGGGGAGUGAGGAGGAGGAACAACGACAAGUGGGUCUGCGAGCUCCGCGAUCCCAACAACAACUCGCGGCGGAUUUGGCUGGGGACUUACCCGACCCCGGAAAUGGCGGCCCGGGCUCACGACGUGGCGGCGCUGGCACUCCGCGGAGAAUCCGCCUGUCUCAAUUUCGCGGAUUCGGCGUGGAGGCUCCCCCUGCCGGUUUCGGCGGAGGCAGGGGAGAUCAGGAAGGCGGCUGCUCUGGCGGCGGAGAUGUUCCGUGCCCGUGCCGCCCACGCGACGCCCAGCUGGGAAUCCGGGUCCGAUCAGGAUUUGGAUUGUGGCGAAGAUUGUAACGGUGGUGGGACGAGGGGAAGUUGUUGCUUUGUGGACGAGGAAGAGAUAUUCGAUGUUCACGGGUUGAUCGCCGGGUUGGCGGAAGGUCUUCUAAUCCCUCCCCCGGCUUAUACAGAGGAAGCAGAGGAGAGCUGUUUUGAUCAAUUGAUUCUCUGGGAUUAUUCUUUUUAG